AUGAGUCAUGCUGUGGGGGGUGCUCCCGUGACCUACGUUGAGCCUCCGGUCGUACCCAAGGACGACUAUAUCUACCUCCAAAAAGAACUUGAACAACAAACAAAUAGCGAGGAACACAAAGCCGUUAGCGAAGAGGAGGACCAUUUAAUAGAGGACAAUUUAAACGGUGGAGAAGACUUCGCUGAAACCGAGAGUUUUGCAAGAAGUUCCUUCACUGAGGAGGCAGAACAUCCACCACCACCUACGGAAGAGCCCUACCUUCCACCAGCACCACCAGUAGAUUCGGAAAUUCCACAUCUGGAAUCGGACUUCGUCUUGGGAACCAGUCAAGAGCAAGUCGGGGAGGAACUGUUACCGGAAGUUCCUCCUCACGAGGACUCGGACACAAUCGAGUACUCCUUCCAGAACAGCCACUUUCAAGAAGACGAAGAAGAGGAGGUCCAGGCACCAGUUCCACGCCCACCCACACCGCCACCUCAAUUACUUCACGCUAACGAACAAGUGGAGCACACCGACCAUCUGUUUCACAGUCCAGUAAAGCACGUUGAAACUCCGUUAGAGGAAUCACCAGACAACGCGCGGAUGGAUCUUGUCGGUGGGACGGACCACUUUGCAGUGGAAAAGCAUGAAGCAACUCCUUUACAUUACGCAGCUGCCAGUGGCUCAGGAGAAGAUACAAUCGGAGAUUUUGAGCAGGAAGCCGCAUUGGAAACCAGUGAACACCCGUUUGAGGGGGAUGCCCAGAUUGCAAAGACUCACGACGUGACUGUUAACGAGUCGGUGGCGCAUCCCCUGCCUGUUCUUGAGGACUUCCCUCCGAUCGCCCAGAAAUCACAGCCGUCAUUCCAAGAUAUUAAGAAUGAUUUGGAGAACAAGCAGUAA